UAUCGAUUGAUGAUAAAUCAAUCAACGGAUCGAACAGCCAGCACCGUAGUCAACCUACACAGCUGAUCGACGGAGCACCUCGUCCUUGGUGCUGGAUUGGUUUUGAAAAUUUACACAACUUCGCGACUAAAGAAGAUUAUUGGGCGAGCUGUCUUUGUCGUGUACUGGCAGAGGAAUUGGCGCAGGGCUCUAGCUACGUAGUCCGCUAAGUAAUAAGUAGAAUGGCAACACCAGAAAUGGCAGAGGCUGCCAGUAAGGUAGUGUCGGAGCCAAUGUUUGGGAUGCUCGACAUCCUUCUGAUGACAGUCAGUCUAGGAAUAGGAGUCUACUGGUUCUUCUUCAGGGGAAAGAAGCCAGCCGAUCAACAGUUCACCGCCAUCAAGAAACUUACAGUAGCUCCAACAUUAACAAGGGGAAGUAAUAUGGGAUUCAUUGAUAAAUUGAAGUCAUCGGGGAAAAAUGUAGUAGUGUUUUACGGUUCGCAGACGGGCACCGCAGAAGAAUUUGCAACGCGGUUAUCAAAAGAUUCCCAGCGUUACGGCAUGAAGGGGAUGAUUGCCGAUCCAGAGGAAUGUGAAAUGGAGGACCUGCCGAGGUUAAGUGAAAUUGAAAACUCCAUGGCUAUUUUCUGUUUAGCCACGUACGGGGAAGGUGACCCCACCGACAACGCUCAAGAAUUCUUUGACUGGCUACAUGAGGGCUCGGUUGACAUGAGUGGCCUCCGAUACGCAGUAUUUGGUUUGGGUAACAAGACCUAUGAGCACUACAAUGCCAUGGGUACAUACGUGGACACUCGACUAGAGGAGUUAGGGGGAGAGAGAAUCUAUGAGUGCGGACUCGGCGAUGAUGAUGGAAAUAUGGAAGAGGACUUUGUCACAUGGAGAGAGCAGUUCUGGCCGGCAGUCUGCCAAAGAUUUGGCGUUCAAGCCACCGGUGACGAAUCAAGUAUCCGUCAGUACAGCCUCCAGUUACACGAUGAGCUGCCUUCUGAGAAGGUGUUCUCCGGGGAAGUGGCUAGGCUAGGAUCGUUCAGGACACAGAAACGUCCGUUCGAUGCCAAGAAUCCAUACUUGUCGCCCGUCAUCGUCAACAGGGAACUACACAAGGGAGGUGAAAGGUCAUGCAUGCACAUCGAGUUUGACAUCAGCGACUCCAAAAUCAGAUAUGAGGCUGGCGACCACGUUGCUGUAUUCCCAACUAACGAUCCUGUCUUAGUGGACAGAAUAGCAGAGCUGCUUGGUGGAAAAGAUAUGGAUACAGUCAUGAGUCUAAACAAUGUAGAUGAGGAUGCCAGCAAGAAGCACCCGUUCCCCUGCCCCUGCACCUACCGCACUGCCCUCUCUCACUACCUAGACAUCACUUCAAUACCUCGUACCAACGUCAUCAAAGACAUCGCUGAGUACGCUACCGACCAGAAGGAUAAGGACUUCCUCCUAUUGUUGUCAUCAUCGACACCCGAAGGAAAGAAAGAGUACAGCGAGUGGGUGAUCCAAGAUCACCGUAGCAUCGUAGCUAUCCUAGAGGAUCUUCCAUCACUCAAACCUCCUCUAGAUCAUCUCUGUGAGCUCUUACCACGCCUGCAUGCACGCUACUACUCCAUCUCCUCAUCACCCAAGGAAUACCCAACGAGUAUCCAUAUCACAGCAGUUCUCACCAAGUACUCAACGCGCAUCGGUCGCCAGGUCAACGGCGUGGCCACCUCCUGGCUCAAGCUGAAGGUACCCAACGGCCCUCAGAGCACGCCGACCGUGCCCAUCUACGUCAGAAAGUCACAGUUCCGUCUGCCGUUCAAGCUGGCUACCCCAGUGAUCAUGGUGGGGCCCGGGACCGGAUUCGCCCCAUUCCGUGGGUUUAUCCAAGAGAGACAUUUUGCCAAGAGUGAAGGAAAAGUUCUGGGGGAAACCAUUUUGUUCUUCGGCUGUCGCAAUCGCAACCACGACUACAUCUACGAGAAUGAGAUCAACGGCUAUCUGGAGGACAAGACGUUGGCAGCGGUCUUCACGGCCUUUUCCAGAGAGACCGGGGCUAAGGAGUACGUACAACAUAUCAUGUCCAGGGAGAAGGAGAGAAUAUGGAAGCUGCUGGAAGAGGGCGGACAUAUAUACGUGUGUGGAGACGCUCGCUACAUGGCACCCGACGUUCAGAAGGUCAUCCGAACGAUAAUCAGCGAGCAGGGUGGCAAGACCCAGCAAGAGGCUGACGACUACAUCAAGAAGUUACAGUCCAAAGGACGGUACGCUUGUGACGUCUGGAGUUAAAAGAAUAGACUCCUUUUUAGACCUUGAGAGUAGCUUGUUGUAAUCGGUGCCGGCUCAUACUUCCCACUAAAAACAUGUUUCUUUUCUAGGGGGGUUGAAAAGUGGUAAUGUUUUGACGCCAUGUGUUGCCAUUUCAUUAUGUGUUGACGUGGGCCUAGUGUUGAUUUACUGGGAAGUGAGAGCCAAUGUUUACCCCAUUGUGGCGUGUCAUGGCUGAGCAGGCUAGGUCACCGAACCCAAGCUCCAUUCUUGUCAGUAGCAGAGUGUGGGCCCGAUCCUCGGUCAUGACACUUGUGCCCUUGAGCAAGGCACUUGACCAUGAUUGCUUCGUAACAAGUUGGGAAGGUACUGCAUUCUGCUUAAUCAGCCAGGCUUCUAGUGGAUACAUCUUUUCCGGACUGUGUGAAGGGGGUAACCCUGAUUCAGCCUGCCAAGGUGUAGUCAGCAACGUGCCCCUGGUGACAGUUGAUUGCGAUUGAUAGGGUUGAUAGCACAUAUCAAUUUAUUCUAGUUCUCAGUUUGAAGUGGCCUCCCAGCCUUGUGAUGUUAGGCGAUCUCUCAUGAAAAAAUAACGCCGCGUUGGUAAGAAUGGAAGAGUUGCUCGAGUUGUUUUAGGGGGAGAGAUUGAGUACUGAACUAAAGUUUGGACAGCAAUGUCGGUAAAUCGAAGGGCUUGGUCGUGGAAUGAACCAGUGAUCCUGCAGCCGAUUUCACGAAACGCUAUGGAUUAAUCCUAACUCGAGUAAGAACGAGUAACCCGUCCUAA